AGCCCUCCAUGAUGUCACAAACCUUUUCCUGUGGCUGAGCAUCAGUUGGAAGACAGAGUGGGGGAAUGAAUCUACAUUAAUUCAGUCUGUUUCAUCAAUUUCUGCCUGCAUGUCCCUGAUCAAUGUCUCCCUACCACCAGGGACCCAAAGUUGAUGAUCAACUCAGGCUACAACCCACUGCUCACAUCCUAGGAACUAACAGGAGCUGGCACUGUGGCUGUUUAAGUCACAGAGGCUUUUCUGAUGCUCCUUCAGAGCAGUGGGGCCCUCAGUUGGGGGUCCUAAAACCAAGAUCCAAAAUGGAGUUGGCCACUAGUCACACUUGUCCUCUCCCAUCCCCCCCCUUGUCUCCCCUCCCUACCCAGGCCUGCUCGGACCCUCCCCACCUCUGGCCUUUCUUUCUGGUUAGCUAGGUAUAAAUUGGAAGGGAGGUACCACAGAGGGCAGAGCCUGGAAGGGAGGGGCCUUUGGGAUUAUAAAUUCCAAAAAGGACGCUCAACUCUCAGACCUGGCUCCCUGAGAAUCUACUGCCAGCUUCUGGGGCUGUGGACAUUUUCAGCACCCUCGCCAUGAAACACCUGCUGCUGCUCACCCUGUCUGCCCUGCUCUGCUGCUGGGUCUCAGCUGACACUAGAUGUCAUUCCUGCUACAAGGUCCCUGUGCUGGGCUGCGUGGACCGCCAGUCCUGUCGCCUGGAGCCAGGCCACAAAUGCUUGACAACAAAUGUGUACCUUGGGAAGAUGUGGGUUUUCUCUAACCUGCGCUGUGGCACACCAGACGAGCCUUGUGUGGAGGCUUUCAACCAAACCAACCGCAGGCUGGGCCUGAACUACAACACUACCUGCUGUGACAAGGACAACUGCAAUAGCCCAGCUCCGAGGCCCACGCCUGCCCUGGCUCUUGUCUCCCUCACCUCCUUGGCUGGCCUUGGCCUCUGGUUAUUGCACUGAGAUUCACUCCAUGGCUGUGUUCUUGCCAUUUGCUGUAGCCUGAGCCUUUCUCCCCACGUCCUUAGAACUCCAGCUUUCCAGAAUGUUCUCCCUACCCCUGGCUCCUCUUCUUCUGAAGAUCAUUUCCCUGUUCUUGUCCCACUUGUUUCAUGGCACAGUGCCUAGAGUGGUCUUUCUAGUCUCCUCUGUCAGCUGGCACUCUCCGCUCCAUUUUUCCACCAAGUCCUUUCCCAUUUCCUUGGAGAACACUCUACCUCCUUCACUGGCCACCGCAAGGGCUCCCUACUUGGAUGCACACUGAUGUGACCCUGGGAUGUGGAUCUAGAAGGGCCACUGUCUUGUCUCCAAAAUGACCCGCUAACCUCACUGCAUGGGGUUGAUUCGCUAAACCCUCUGCUCAUCUCUUUCCAUCGUGAGAAAUAAAUGUCGGCGUCUGAUAAA